UGAAGUUUCUUAGUUAAAAGAAUUAAAAUCCAAAUCUCAUGGUUUUAGGUUAUAUUCUAGAGUGGUUUAACAAAAAUCACCUAAAUCUCUACAAUUUAUUGAAAUCAUCUAAAACUCCAUUAAAAAUUAAAUCACAUCAAAUGUUAUAUUGAAUACAUCGUCCGAGAGAUUGCUGCCGUGUUUGAAACUAAUGAACAUCUUGCUGUUUUCUCGCACAACAUGCCGUUUCGUAAUUUUUUCUUUUACCCUAAAACUCUACAUGCCUAUUUAGGGCAUCAUCUUAAUGCAAAGACGGAACAUUUUGAGUUGAAACGUCCCCAACAAUGUCUAACUCCAACGCCAUAGAGCCAGAGAAAAAACACACUACCCAUCCUCCUCCGCCACAUUCCCUUUCUUCAUUGCCUGAUGAUAUCGUUUUGAGUUGCUUGGCCCGCGUCCCAAGAAGCUAUCACCUAAACAUCUCUUGGGUCUCAAAAAACCUAAGAGCCCUUGUUCGCUCGCCGGAGCUCAACUUCUUGCGAUCCACCCUCCCCAAGAACUCCAUCCAUGUAUGUUUGGAAGAAGAAGAGGACCAUGACGAGGACGAAAACCACUCAUCCUUCCACUGGUUUACUCUCAACGAAAUAUCAACUACAGCUAUGACGAUGGAGUAUGGGUUAGUUCCGAACCCAACUCCCUUCCCUCCUCAUCCUAAGUACGGUUCUUCAACCGUGGCAGUGGGGUCAAAGAUCUUCUUCAUUGGUGGUGCUACAGAACCUUCCAAGGAUCUAUGGAUCCUUGAUACCCGAUCUGGGAACAUGACUCAGGGACCAAGCAUGACCGUGGCUCGAAAACAGCGCAAAGCAGCUGUGGGAGUGAUCGAUGGGAAGAUAUACGUCAUCGGAGGUCGACACUUCUCCUUCUCCGAUGGAAGGUUUCAUGAAGAGGUCCAAGUUGAAGUUUUUGAUCCAAAGUCGGAGACUUGGGAGCUUGUGGGGCAGGAGAGGGUGCAUAAGGUUUCACGGUGUAGUGCCUCAGUUGAGGGGAAGGUUUUUAUGGUGGAGUACAAGAGGACAAGUGUGUACAAUCCGAGAGAAGGUAAAGGAGAACGGAUGGUUCAUAUGGUAAGCCAGAGACUCGAACGUGGACGAAAGGAUAUGUUAAAUGAUUCAGCGUUUACUGUGUGUGUGGUGGAAGAUGUUCUCUUUGCUUUCUUUAACCGGACUGGAUUGAUGUGGUUUGAUACAAAGCUUAAUGUGUGGAGAAAAUUGGUUGGUCGUGAUGGGAAGGAACUACUACCCUUUGUCUUACGUGCGCAUGCCAUGGUCGAAUACGAGGGAAGGCUUGUGGUUUUGUGUAUGUUGGCUGAAAAGGAAGUUCAUGACCCCGUUACCAAGAGUGUUCGGUGUAUGUUUGUCUCACUGGACAGAGCUGGAGACUUGAUUUGUGGGACGAUCCAUUGGUCUGGUAUUUUGGGUACAGUCCCAUAUUCGUUUCAUUUUCUGCAUUGUUUAGCUGUUUCCGAUUGACUGAUUACAGUAUAUGUGCUUUUGAAGCAAUUUGUUUGGUAAGACUCAUGAGUGGUCGCUGAAGAAAAUGAACGGUGGUUUUCUUUUUUGUUCAUAGUAUUGUUUGCAUCGUUAUCAUUGGUCUAACUUGAGUUUCACAUCAUUGAUGACAACAUUCCUACAAAGUUACAAGAGUCUCCACACUCUCGUAGUUGUUCAAAAACUGUCAAUGCUGCUUGCUUGUCUAAACAUAGGAACCGUCUCCUGCGGUUAUCUGUAACAGUGGGUUCACUGGCCGGACCCUCCAUCAGAUUUACGCUCAUUCUUUUGGUGUUUUCUGCAACCGUGUGAAGAAACAAACUCCAUCACGGCCUUUUCUGUUCUGUCUCUUAGUAAACUCUUCCUUCAUUAUCUUUUUUUGCUCUCUCUCUCUCUUUGGAUGUUUUGUGGAAUGAAGAAGGGAAUGCAAUAGAAUCUGAUAUCUAUCUAUAUAAUCGAACAAGCAUUAGAUGUAUUUUAUAGGUAUUUUAAUUUUAAUUAUUCCCGAGCUGGUACAGAUCUGAAAGGAACUGACCGAACUCGAAAAGAAAAAUUUCAAGUAUCUAACUGGGAUCUAAAUGUUUAGGACGCAAAAGACUUGAAUAAAAAAAAUUGGUCUGCACCCGACCCGAAGACGCAAAAACCUAUGCCUAGUUGAUAUUAUGACUGAUUUUUCCUUUGCGAGAAUGAUUGAAAUGUUUGUACUAAAAUUUAACAAAUAGGUGGACACACAUUUCUUAAAGAAUCAUACUAGUUACAUAUAAUAUACAUAUAUACAUAUGCUAUUUCAUUUAAAACGGAAUUGAUCUCUUGUUUGUUCCUCGGGAUUGUUGUCAUCUUCUGUUAUUCAAGUUGAUAGUAAUCUAAAUUGAGGUUCACAUGAUUGGUAACUACACACACGGAGGAAGAUAGUGAUAUUAGUCUAACUUGAGUUUCAAGUCAAUGAUGAGAACAUUCCUACAAAGUUACAAGAGUCUCAACUUUGGAUUGUUUUUGUGGAAUGAUGAAGGGAGUGCAUCAGAAUCGUUCAGUGGUAUUGUCCUUGGCGGCUUCUUCUUUAAUCCUACAAAGACCAUUUACGAAAUAAAGAGCUAGUUCUUUUAAGAACAUUACAAAAUACAGAGCUUAUGAGAUUAGACCCCUAUAGAUUUAAAAGGUAAUCAAAAUGAAGCCAAAAACCUUUACGAAUAGAAGAAACGAACGUAGUAGCAUGGAUUAAGCCCGAGCUACAGUUAUCAUUUUCAUCAGCUUUUAACAUCCAUAACCAAAUAACUAUUUUAUAUAUUGGUUUUAAAUAAUUUAUAUAUUUAUUUUCAACUAUUAAUUUAAUUAAUAACUAUAUUAAGUUUAACUAUAUUAUUAAAUAAAACAUAAUAAAAUAUAAUUUUUAAUAUUUAGUGGAGCCUAGCCAUAUUGUGAUGGUGGAGACCCUGAUAAGGAUACUGCAGUGGAGGACCUUGAUGAUAUUGGGGCGGAUGAUACCCUUGUGCUGGAUAUCCCCAGGCACACUCCAUAGUAUAGGCAGAGUAAGCAAUAAUUUAAGGUUCAAAAAAAUUAUGAAUUUUAACAGUUGAAAAAAAGAAAAAAAAAUAGUUGUUUAAACUACAAUACAAAGGGGGCAUAUUUCUAAAAUUUGAAUAGGGCUUAUAAUAGACAUGGGCAGAAUUCAAAGGUUGUAUAAAGAAUAACUCUUUUUAUUAAUGCUAAAGAAAUUAAAUAACUCAUAAGUUAUGUCACACUUUGACAUCUUCUUAUAUAGAGACUUAAAAACUCCUAAAUUUAAUUAGCUUAACAUAUAUUUCCUAAUCGUCCUUUUAGUAAACCAUAACUCGGUAGGAUUACGUGAUUAACUUGAAUCUCAAAAAAAAUUUCUUUCAAGCUUAUCCCAAUAUUUUCCCUUUAAGCUUGAAAUCUUUUUUUCGCCAAAUAUUGUAUUCUAGUGAGAUCCUUCAUUUUAUUGAACUUGAUUCUUCCAAGAGCUUUAGUUAAGAUAUCUGAAUUUUGCUCAUUACUCGAAACAUGCUCGACGUCAACUUGUCCCUUUUCAACGCACUCUCUUAUGAAGUGAAAUCUUGAGUGUAUAAGUUUGAUUUUUCUAUGGAACACCGGAUUUCUUGUAAGAGAAAUUACAGAUUGAUUGUCGAUUCUAAUGAUGAAUUUUUCGAUGGACUGCUCGGUCACUACAUUCAACAAUUCUUGUAACCAUAUAGCCUGUUUCACAGCUUCAGUUUCGGCCAUAAACUAUGCUUCACACGACGACAG